AUGACUUCGAAUUUCCACGUCGCCAUCAUCGGCGCCGGUCUCGCCGGCUUGGGAAUGGCGCUUGCUCUCCACGCACACUCAAUCCGGUGCACAGUCUACGAACAGACGCCUUCGGCUGGCCGUUUUGCUGGAGCGGUCAUGCUGGCGCCCAACAGCCUGCGCAUCCUCGACAGGUACGGCGUGUAUCCCCAGCUUUGCGAGCAGGGGUUCAAUUUCGCGGUCGUCGAGAUCAGGGACUCAGAAGGCAAUGUGAAAGACAGCGGCUUCUACCUGGGGUCUCGCGAACUGUUUGGGUAUGAUGCGCUGAGGGUGUAUCGGAAUGCGAUUCUCAAGGUGCUUUCGGCGGCGUGCGCUGAGAGGCAGAUCGAGGUUGUCUACGGCAAGAGAUUCUCCAAAGUCCUAUCCGAGGACGAAGGUGGAGUGGACUUCAGAUUCCAGGAUGGAACCACGGCUCACGCGGACGUCUUGAUCGCCGCGGACGGGAUACACAGUAAGAUCCGGACGUUGCUGUUUCCGCAGUCCAACCCUGAAUACAACGGAGUCCUCGUGGUCUGCGGCGCCGUCAAGGCAUCGUCCCUCCAAGGAGCGGGGGCCGGGCACGACGAGGCCACCACCGUUGCCAUGCUCGAAGGCCGAAACGGUGUCGGAGCUUUCCUCCUGGGUCCACAGCUUCCCGAUGCCAGUGAGCUUCUCGCUGGCACGCAACGUGCCUUUCCUCCUCAGACACGCGAGGAAUGGGCCCGCCUCUCCGCGGAUCGAGACUUUCACCUCGCAUUUCUCCGCGAGGGCUACGGGGGCCGGUUACCCGUCGUCCAGAGCGCGGUGGAUAACAUCGUGCCCGGAAGCACGUACAUCUGGCCGCUGCAGACUUUGUCCCGAUUGGAGAGAUGGUGGUCGUCGUCGUCCCAAAACGACGAUGGUGGCGAGGGAGGUGGCCGGGUGAUCUUGAUCGGAGAUGCGGCGCACGCGAUGCCGCCCACGAGUGGCCAGGGCGCGAACCAGGCCUUUGAAGAUGGCUGGACGCUCGCUCGAGUCCUCCACGCCGUGUUCAACAGCGCCGCCAACGCUGGAAGCGCGGGCUUAAGGGGCGCGAGCGUCGGCGGGAAGUUAUGCGAAUCGUUGCGGGAAUGGCACCGACGUAGACAAGAGAGGAUCGACGAGAUCCUCAAGCUGACGCAGCGGAUGCAUAACUUGCGAUUGCCGAUCGAAGAACAGCGGAGGUUGAACGACGGCGAGGUGUACAAGUCUCUCCCGAGAUCCCAAGCUCAGGUUGAGCGUGGAGCCGACAUGGACGGUGCGGGUGAGAAAGCCGUGGUCGAGCAAUGGGGGUGGCUGUACUGUCCAGAGGAUCUCGUGAACGACUUGAAGAUGGAAUCGCAAUGA